AUGUUAGCAAAUCAGUAUGCAACUUGGGUAGGUGGUGCAUAUAUCAACGGUACUGCUGAAGCGUUGUACAAAGGUGGUUUACUGGAAUGUCAAGCACCCUUUGGCUACGCACUUUCAUUGGUUGUAGGCGGGUUGCUGUUUGCAAAAAAAAUGCGUGAGCAAGGAUACGUAACAAUGUUGGACCCAUUUCAGUUAAAGUAUGGGCAACGUGUUGGCGGUAUGCUAUUUAUACCAGCACUUCUUGGAGAAGUUUUUUGGUCAGCAGCUAUUCUAUCCGCUCUCGGAGCAACUCUUUCGGUGAUACUACAAAUAAAUAUGACAGCCUCUGUAAUUAUUUCGGCAUUAAUAGCAAUAUUUUAUACAUUCACUGGAGGUCUCUAUGCAGUUGCAUACACAGAUGUUGUUCAGUUGUUCUGCAUUUUUGUUGGCCUUUGGGUAUGUGUGCCGGCAGCACUGCUGCAGGAUAAGACUAAAGAUAUAUCCCGAGAUGCAGCCGGAUGGCUCGGUGAGGUAAAAGGAUUCAAAGCCAAAUGUGCGUGGGUAGACGCUAUGUUGUUGCUCGUUUUCGGCGGUAUACCUUGGCAAGUUUAUUUCCAAAGAGUUUUAUCGUCCAAAUCCUCAUCUGGAGCUCAAAUGUUAUCGUUCAUAGCUGGAGCCGGUUGUAUCCUUAUGGCUAUACCGCCAGCACUUAUAGGGGCCAUAGCCCGAAAUACAGAUUGGAGAUUAACUGACUAUUCGCCGUGGAAUAACGGAACAAAAAGUGAAUCAGUGCCAGAAGACCAAAUAAAUAUGGUUGUACCACUUGUUUUUCAGUAUUUGACACCUAAAUGGGUGGCUUUUAUAGGUUUGGGAGCUGUAUCAGCUGCGGUAAUGUCAUCUGCAGAUUCUUCAAUAUUGUCGGCGGCAUCAAUGUUUGCACAUAACAUUUGGAAAUUGGUAAUUCGGCCCGAUGCUCGAGAAGCCGAAGUUAUAAUCGUGAUGCGAAUUUCUAUAGUUGCAGUUGGCCUUUUAGCGACUGCUAUGGCAUUAACAAUUCAAACAAUUUAUGGAUUGUGGUAUUUAUGUGCAGACCUAAUCUAUGUUAUCCUCUUUCCACAGCUUGUUUGCGUAGUAUAUAUAGAAAGAUCAAAUACUUAUGGUUCUAUUGCUGGAUAUGUCUUGGGUUUACUGCUAAGACUAUCUGGCGGCGAACCGCUGCUGGCAUUCCCAGCUUAUGUUCACUACCCACUUUAUGAGGAAACCUUAAAUGCUGAUGGUACCAUCUCUGGAACACAAUAUUUUCCAUUUAAAACGAUGGCAAUGCUUGGAUCGUUCAUGGGAUGCCUCGGAAUGUCAUAUCUCACAGAUUAUUUGUUCAAAGCAGGAAAACUGUCACCAGAAAUGGAUUUCUUGAACUGUGUUGUAAACAUACCACCGGAACGCAUAGUCCUGCCAUCGGACACGAGCUUCAACGCAAGCUGUGAUACACUAGCAAUAAAGCCGAAGGAAGCAAAUACUGGUGCAACAGUGGUCAAUGGUUUUCUGGGACCGUGUUCACCGGCGACAGAACUUAGCGUCCUAAGGCCAGAAACUAAUAAAGAUUAUGCAACGUUGAGUAGUCCCUAA